CCUUCCUCACUGCUUUCGGAGCUACCGCAUACGCCUCCCCGCGUGCGGACGUGCAGCGCGUCACGACAGCCAAACCAGACCCCACGGCCAAACCGGAUGAAUUUCUUCCAAUCUCACAAACCACUGCGAAGCCUUAGAUUAGCAUCAUGACGCCGACAUUCGUGCCCGACAAAAUCAUGGUCUAAUGGAAUCUUUUUGUGAUCGAAUCUGAAGAUCUGCCGCUACUACAUGGAUCGCUGUAAAAUGACGACUUGAUUUUGUCAGAUCUGAUUCGGGAGGGAUGUGGGUACGCAAGUGGUUUUCCGCAGUUUUCCUCGGCUUCGACAUACAAGGUCAAUCUGUUUGGAGUGGUCAUCGGCUGCUCUGCAGUAAAUGGAAGGCUGAGACUCAAUAUUACUACCCAAUCUAUCUACAAUCUCUCGGACCGUCGACGUCUUGCUUUUUUUUCUAUUUCCGAGAUUUCAUGAUCUGCAAGCUAUACUACUGUACAGAACCGAAUCCACUCACUGCGUGUGCAAACUCUCGUCUUAGUAGUCUCCUUAAUGUUUGCAUGUUCGACCCUUACUUCCUUGUCUCACCAAUAUUAUCGACGCGUCUGGACUUUUUCGAGUCGUUGCACGCAGAAAGUUGCAAGCGUUUUGUUCAAGCUUUCGGAUCUACUAGAAUCAAUUGGACCAGACAGUGAAAUUCAAAUUUUGCUACGCAUCUGAACUUAUUUCCCUGCAUAAUCUCCAGACUUUUCUGGGUGGCAAGUCCCAUGCCCUUCCGCACUCCGCGGCCAUUCGACAACAAACCUCCAACACCCAAAAGAGAAAUAUUAACGAAGAAGUAAAAAACAGCCCUUUCUUCCACAUCCGCACUAUUACCAUAUAUCACAUCAUCUCAUUCCCC